UAUACUUUUUAUUCCGCACACUUAUGAUUAGUUGUGAACAAAAUAUAAACUGAAUACAAAUUGUACAGGUUAACUAGAUUCAGAUAUAGCUAUGGAUAUUAUAAAAGACAUAAGGUCGAAUAUUCGUCUAAACGAACAUGGCAUUGCAAACACACACACGACAACUUAUCCACGAUCUUACGCUGGUUUCAACGAUGCAUGGGAUUUUCAAAAAUUCGCCGACAAUUUUUGCAUCAAUGUAAUCGAACUCGGUCCAGAUUCCAUGCAGUUUGACAUGCUUGGUGUUGAUGCGGCAAUCGCCAAUGCGUUCCGUCGAAUACUGAUUGCCGAAGUCCCAACAAUGGCUAUUGAGAAAGUAUAUAUUUACAACAAUACAACGGUGAUACAAGAUGAAGUGCUCGCCCAUAGGUUAGGUCUUAUACCACUGACUGCAGACGCAAAACUAUUUGAAUAUCGGCAAGGUGAUGACGCUGAUGGGACACCUGAAGACACUCUGGAAUUUGAAUUGAAUAUAAAAUGCACGAAAAACUUGUCAGCGCCCAAAGAUACAACAGAUUUAGAUGUAUUGUAUAAACACCAUAAGGUUUAUUCUAAAGAUAUUAAAUGGAUUCCUCUGGGCAAUCAGAAGGACUUGCUUACAGUAAAGCCAGUUUAUGAUGAUAUUCUUGUUGCUAAAUUAAGGCCAGGUCACAUUCUUGAUGUAAAACUACACGCAGUAAAAGGUGUGGGCCAAGAUCACGCCAAGUUUUCACCGGUUGCGACCGCUUCAUAUCGCCUGCUCCCACAAAUCAGACUUCUUGAUCAAAUCCUUAACUCAGAUGCGGAAGAUCUCCAAAGAUGUUUUGCUCCCGGAGUGAUUGAGGUUUAUCGGAAUAAAAAUGGUGAUCAAGAAGCUAGAGUGGUUGAUGCUAGAAAAGAUACUUGCAGUCGGGAAGUGUUGAGACAUCCUCACUUAAAAGAUAGAGUAGAACUGAGCAAAGUACGCGAUCAUUUCAUUUAUUCAAUUGAAUCUUCUGUCGCUAUUACUCCAAAUGAACUGAUGUGCCGAGCCAUUAAAAUCAUGAUGGGAAAAUGUAGAACUCUGCUGCAAGAACUUGAAAAGAGUGAACAGGACUUGGAUAAUGCAUAACUUUUUAUGAAGCUGCAUAACACUUUUAGAAAACAGCAAUAUUUAAAAGAAAAUUCUGAAUUUGGAGAUUGAAUUCAAAAUUGGUAUAAUUUAGAUAAAUUGUAAAAUAAAUGCACAGAACAGUUAUUGAUAAUUACUAUUAACUAUUACCCUAAUAAGUGCUGAUACAUUUGCUGGAAAAUUCGUGCCAAAUAAGUUAUGUGCAACGUGUGCUUUUUCAAAUUUUGUGCUAGAUGAUGCACUAUUAACAAAAUCUGUGCUCAAUUAUGUUCUGUUCAUCACGAUGAUGUUUCACCAACAAUCAUAAACAACUUUCCUUCUAG